GCUAUUUACAUCUCCAUUCUGUAUCGCAGGGUGCGAAGGCUUUGGAUUCAUAAGCAUCGCCGUUAAGAGCGAGCCUCAGGAUGAUGCUGGCGAGCAGUGUCGCGAGGACGUUGAUCUCGUUGCCUUGCACCUAAUGGGCAGCAAUCAAGACACCGAAUGCUUGGAGAAAGCCAGCCUUCCCCACCGUUGCGAGCUUUGCCAUCAGCUCUUCAACACGGGGCAACGUCUGCUCCAGCACUCCGUCGUGCAUUCGCGAGAGUUGCCAUUCUGGUGCGCCCGCUGCGGUGCCGCAUUUGCGAGCCUCGAUGACAAAGCAGAACACGAGAGCACGCAUGCAGGCAAGCCGCAGUACCGUUGCGUGCUGUGUUACAAGUUGUGCAGGCAAGAGUCUGUGCUCCGAGGGCACCUCCCAAUUCACUACGGGCAGCCUGGAUUCCAUUGCCACCUGUGCCCUCUUGUGUUUCCUGUACGGCAGCAGCUGACAAGGCACUUAUGCAGCCACAGCACAAAUACUCCCUUUGCAUGCAAACAGUGCAGUGCAUCCUUCGCCCGCAAGGACUCGUUAAUAAGACACAUCAGGACGCACCAAGGCGACCGACGCUUCAAGUGCUCGCACUGUCCCAAGGCAUUCUUCCAGCGGUUCCAGCUGUCUCUUCAUCAGAGAAUCCACACCGGAGAGCGGCCAUUCACCUGCGACAUCUGCAAGAAGAGCUUUGUGCAGAAGGUUCACAUGGUCCUGCACCGAGAGGGACAUUUGGUACCAGGCAAUGUUCGGGUGUCGUACUCGUAGGCCUUUCGGUUGCAUCACAUUGGCCUUGAAAAAGCAUUUCGAGUGGGGCACCUGGGACAAGUCUGUGUGCAAAUGUCGUGCAGUUGUGCUUUUGCCGACAAAAGACAGGAGUUAGCGACCAAACAUCCACAUAGACUCAAAGGUAAGGUGCUUCUGCCAUGAAUCCAUUUAGUCCUUGUGCAGAUUGUCACAUGCAGAACUAACUAACAUUCAGUUUUCAUCCUCGUGGGCUUCUUAGUCACAUCACGCUGGCCUUAAAAUCAGCUCUACUCUCAUAAUUACAUCGUCUGUAUAGUAACUUUUAUCGUUGUGUGUUGCUGGAUACAUUUGUACAAGUGAAUUGAACAUCUGCCAUCUUAGCCUGUCACUAUAAAUGAUGCUCUUGAAGCCUUCCUACUGGUGUAGUUAAUUGCCAAGAAUUUUCUUUACAUGCUUUAUGAUAGCUCCAGGCCUAGGUAUAGUAUUUCUCUGCAUUCAUCUAUGUGAGAAUCAGUAGACAUGUAUUGCCAUUUAUUUUGCCCAACAAUUAAGUGUUUAUCUGCGCUUUUUUUUUUGUGGGCAAUUCUCUGCAUCUUUCAGUUUGACUUGCUCACAUUUAUUUACGUUGGACAGCAAAUGGAUACCAUUAGUAGAUAUAAGCUCUGUAGUCAGUUUUAACUUGUCGAAUGCAUGCAUAUACACAAUAGCAGAUUCUUAUCUGAAAGCAGGCAGUGCUUUUUUGUUUAUCUUUCACAUGUGGGGGAAGCUAACACAUGUUAACUCUAAACUGUGUAAGCAAAAGUAACUUGAUUUUUAUACCUAAGGGAAGUGGCCUUUUCUAACAAUGGUUGGGUUUUCUCUUUCUUUUGAAUGGCCUUGGCAUAUUAUGAGCUUCUCAUUACGAGUAUAGUCAUGAAAUAUUGAUUCUUCCACCAUCUCGUCCUCGUUUGCCGCCAUGUAAAACUGUGCAUAGUAAGCAGUUCAUGCCUGCUGCUGGCACGACCUGCUGUUAGGCAAUGCUGCCAAACCGAAGGUACAUCCACAUUGUGUUGCACAAUGACUGUGCUGUAAUUCCAAAUGACACGUUCCACAUAACUCCUGAAGGAAUGCUAAAGCUGAAUCUUAAGCUAAAGUGACAAGAGUUGCAAUAGUCCUAAAGUGGCACUUUUACCGAGAACGUAAUUUUCCACACCCCAAAAAAUGACUCACUCGGCAGGACUCGCACCACCACUAUGAUAGCAUGGUAAAAUGCAGCACCAGCUUCUGGUAUGUAACUAUGUUGUGUUCAUGAUUGGAAAGGGUUUGUAAUGGAGGACACCAAAAGAGCUAGAGGAGAACUAAGGACACCAUAGUGAGCAAUCAAAUGAAAAAUAAUGAGUGUAAGAUAGAUGUGAAAAUGGCAGCGAGGGCUAGAGAGCAAACAUGGGUAGUUGAUUUUCAAAUUGAUAUUAAGAGGGCAUAGUUGCAUUGUGCAGCUCAUGCAUUGUAUGGAACAAAUCAAUCGAUAGUUUACUUGGAUAGCAGAACGGGGCUAAGGGUAGCCAAAUGCAGUUGAAAAUGACAGAGGUCUAGGCGAUGCGAUGGGACUAAAAAAUGUGCAGGUGUAAGAUGAAGUUUGCUCCAGGUCUGGUGGUAGCUGUAAAUUGCUGAGAGAGGUCUUCAUCUUGUAGUGGAACUGAAUAUGCUGAUGAUUCAACAUAAUUGGGCUUCGAUUUGAUAGGGAACUUGGCUUGGCAACAUUGUGGAAAGCAGCGCAAGCAGACUUUAAGCUAACGCGCCUUUGAGCGUAACGGCGCACUGUGCAAGGUCGAAGGCAGCUGUGCUUUGGGCGUCAUUGGAGUCUUACAAUGGUGGCUGUAGUGGGCAGCUGGCCCUCAUAGGGCAUUCGGAUACCAGAUGUCCCAAGGCAUGACAUUGGUAGCAGACAACUUGAGCCAGGUCUUGGCCACUACGAAAAGCUAGGAUUCCGUACUGUGCCAAAAUAGCUGCAUACAUAGCUUCUUGUUGUUCCAUGAGCAGCUCUGAGAUGUGCAUUCUUGAUGCUGCACUUCAGGGUGAUGGUGGAGCUGAUGGUUCUGGGUGAGGCUGCUGAUACUGUGCAGGCUCAGAG